AAUAUCAAAUUUAAGUGCAUAAAACAAGCAAAAAAAUCUGCCAAUGGUGUAAGCAAAUUUCCCUUGAAUUUUUCUUGAAUUUACUUUUUAAGAAAAAUGUUCAAGAUUUUUUGCUUACCCCAUUGGAGAUUUGUUUUUGCUUGUUUUAUGCACAAAAUCACUUAAAUUUGAUAUUUUUGGUCUAAAAACUAGACUUAUUUUCUUGGGUUGUUUUGCUCAUCAAGAAAAAGCAUCUUUAUUGAAGAUUUGUUAGAUAUUUUUACUGAAAACAAGACAAAAAUACUAAGAUUUUUUUUCUUGAAAAUCAUUUUUUGCAGUGUAUAGAACUUAAUAUGUAACCCACACCAGUAUACACCAAAGUAAUGUAACCACUAAAUUCAAAGAAAAGUAAUCUAUAUUAAAGUGUUGAUUAAGGUAACGGCUUGAGAAAAUAUUUCAUUUAAAUGAUAUAAUAUUUCACAUAUGGAAAAUAUGUUAUUUUAACUAGAAAAAUGUGACAUUUUAAUGACAUGAUCAGUGUUGGGGGUAACGCAUAACAAGUAACAUGCAUUACGUAAUAAUAUUACUUUUCUGAAGUAACGAGUAAAGUAACGCAUUACUUUUUAAAUUCACACAUUAAUAUUUGAGUUAUCUUUUAAAAAAAGUAAUGCAAGUUACUUUUUAAAAAUUAUGUUCUAUGUAAUUCGAUUAAAAAUUAUUAAAAUUAAGUACUGAAUUAAACUAAAGUAUUUACAUUAUGCACUCUAUGCGUACACACUUGUGUGGAAACAGUUUGAGUUAGAAACUGAGAUGGCAGGCCAGAGCUCGACAUUUUUGUGAUGAAAUCUGCAAUUUCUGAAUGCAGAACUUUUCAGUCAUAAAAAACACAUGCAAGGCCUGAAAGAGAUCAAAUCUCAGCCAAGAAAAAGUAAUGCAAAUGUAACCUAAGCAUGAGCUCAUUUUUGGGAGUAACUUAAUAUUGUGAUGCAUUACUUUUAAAAGUAACUUUCCUCAACACUGGACAUGAUAUCUUGUUAUUAUGAUAGAUUAUAAUUAAGCAAUAUCGCUCGAGUAGGAGUGUGAUAUAGCUCUAUAUCCUCACGGCUGUGAUUAGGCCAGAGGCCGAGUGCCGGAGGCAAUCACAGCCGUGAUGAUAUAGAGCUAUAUCACACGACUCUGAGAGCGAUAUUGCUUUUAUACAACAGUUCGACGGCACACGUUUGAAAAACGAAAACUAGAAAACAACAACGGAGUUAUUUUAAAAGCCUCUUUGUUUGAGAACUACUUCUUCCGCCACGGAUUUGAGGGCGGCCAGAAUGACAGGUAAAACUUUCGGCUGCUUUGAAGCUCAUAACAACUCAAUGGACAGAAAAGCCGUUACUUUAUAUUACCGUUUCUUGGUCACAAAGUGUAGUUUUAAGAUUAGUUCAGUCGAGAAUGUAUAUGUAUUAUAUUUAAAUCUGCAGUCGAUUAGUAAAGAUAGCGCCUGUUUGAACGUUUGCUUAGUGAGAUUCGGUACGAAUGAGAACCAAAGCAUGAGCGGACAUCAGUGUUCACUCGCCCCGCUGACCACCGCCCUCUCUGGGCUACAUCUCUGACAGAGAUACCCUGGCUCUCAUGUUGGCCUUGUUUGUUUAUGAUCGUCAAAAUGAGAUCAAAUCAGCAGUAUUUGGUGUCAUGAUCAAACUAGUACUUGUUUUUUUUAUUCAUAUUUAGUGUCUUUUGUGUUGUUAUUGUUUUGGCGCGAGGUAAAAGUUAAUAAAACUAUACUUGUGUAACGUUACUAUUGCUUUCUCAUUUAUUCUUAACGCGAUACGAGCACUCGAUUAUUAUUAUUAAACUUUGUUCUUGUCAGUACUAUACAAAACGUUUUUUUAUAAGUGUCAGAGAUAUGUUUUUGGAUGCUGCUUAUAAAUAACGUUAUACCAGUGGCGAUAUCUCAUAACAUGUUUUAAUAGUCAUGUCACGAUAAAGUAAAUGAUCAAUAUCCACAUUUAAAAGCUGCGGGGCUUACCUGCUGUUUCACGGUGUUUUCGCGUUCUGAUAAGAGAUAUAGCUCCAGAAAAAAACGAGUGUUUAUAUUCCUCUUUCCAAGUGUUAAUAAUCCACACGAUGUGACAAGACAUUUCUCCCAUUAACUUUAACGUAACAUCCAAGAGCGCUGAUCUUUGAUUAAUAACUUCCGAUUGGGGAUUCACAGACUGAUUUAUGAGCUAGUAAACUAAUAAGACACACACACGGAGAGUGAUUCAAACAGCGCGUCUGUGUUUUUCCAUUCAGAGAUGAGCCUGCUUAGGACCUCCAUUCACUAGGUGGUGGAAUAAUACGAAAGGUGAAGCGGUUACAGUGCCGUUAUCAGCACAAUAUCGUAUAGCUCUUAGCCAAUCAGAUUCGAGAACCAGAAAGAACUGUUGUAUAAUAUCUCUUUAUAUGAUAUGUAAAAAAAUAUUUGGCACUGGCAGCAAUGCAGGAUGCUCCGGGCGUUUCUCAAGAUUGGAAUGUUAGGGGAUUUUUGGACUUGGUGACUAUAAAGGGUGAAGUUUGAUGAGUUUGACAGAAACUGGGACAUUAGCUUAAUUGCUUGUUUCUUGUGUAAUUGCUGAAGACUUGGUGUGCCUUUGAUUUAGAGUAUUAGUUGCGAACUUUAUGCAUUUACAGGACAAGAAGUCUGCAUGCUAAUGCUCUAACCUUAGCUUCAGGACAACCCACGGAAGGAGUCUUCUAAGACAUUUGUAGUCAGAAUGAUGAAUUGCUGUGGUCUUGUGACAAAAGAAAAACAGUCAGUUCCUCUGAAGAGCAUCAGAGUUGAGGUGCAGGUGAAGAGUCAUGUAGCUACAGUCACCUCCACUCUGCAGUAUGUGAAUGAGGAAGAGCGCCACCUGGAGGCCUUGUUUGUGUUUCCUCUGCCUGCUGAUGCUGCUGUCUGUCACUUCAGUGCCAAGAUCGGAGAUCAGGAGAUUGUGGCAGAGGUUCAGAAGAAGCAAACUGCGAGGUAUUGGUAUGAUGAUGCUGUGAGUUCGGGUCAGCAGGUGUUUCUGUUGGAAGAGAGUGAAGAAAGUUCUGAUGUGUUCAGUCUGAGUGUUGGGUGUCUGUCACCGGGUCAGAACGCUGACAUCACCAUCACAUACAUCACUGAGCUCUCUGUGCAGGCCGACCACUCGCUGCGCUUCUGUCUGCCUGCUGUACUCAAUCCCAGAUACGCACCAGCAGGUUCAGAUGCUGGAAUAGUUUCAGAGAUUUCAUCAUGUGACUCUGUUCCCUACACUUUGACUCUUAGUGUUCAUGUGAGCUCUCCAAACCCCAUCUCCAAACUAGAGUCCAACUGUACUCUGGAUCCUCUUGUGUUCCUCAACUCUGAUCACACUCAGGCAACGGUGAAUCUAAGUUCUGGUCACAAGUUUGAUAAAGAUGUUGAGUUGUUUCUGUACUAUCAGAAUACCCAUCAGCCCACUGCUAUAGUGGAGGCAGGAGUGACCACUGCAAAACCAGGUUCUCUGAUGAGUGACCCAGUGGUGAUGAUAAGUUUGUACCCAGAAUUCCCAGAGAAAGUGAUGUCAUCAUUAGUAACAACUCAAGGUGAAUUUAUUUUUCUGGUUGACAGAUCAGGCAGUAUGGACUGCAUGAUGCAUCAUUGGAAAGGACCACAGAUGCUUAUAGAAAGCGCAAAGGAAACUCUGCUGUUACUGUUGAAGAGUCUGCCCAUGGGCUGUUACUUUAAUAUUUAUGGAUUUGGUUCUCAUUUUGAGUCCUUCUUCCCUCAGAGUGUUGUGUACAAUCAGGACACAAUGGAUCAGGCACUGAAAAAAGUCAGUGAAAUAAGAGCAGACAUGCGCGGCACAGAGAUUUUACAACCUCUCCAACACAUCUACAGUCAACCCUGUUACCCUGAACACCCCAGACAGUUGUUUGUCUUCACUGAUGGAGAGGUGAAGAACACUAAAGAGGUUCUGGAUCUUGUGAGACUUCAUGCUCAAACUCACAGGUGUUUCUCAUUCGGGAUUGGUGAGGAUGCAAGUACCGCCCUCAUCACAGGAAUGGCCAGAGAGGGAUCUGGACACGCCCAGUUCAUCACAGGCACAGACCGCAUGCAACCCAAAGUGAUGGAGUCUCUCAGGUUUGCUCUUCAGCCUGCAGUGAACAAGAUCUCAGUACAGUGGAAAGUACCAGAUGGCAUUGCUGUUGACACACUGUCUCCACCUAUCAGUGCAAUCUUCCUGGGUCAAAGGUCACAUAUUUUUGCCCAACUUAAAGGACAGAGUUCAGAAAGCUCUGAAGGAUCAGUGAUAGUUCAAUACAACCUGAAAGAUCAACCAGUGACAAACCAGCUUCACUUCUGCCUUAAACCAACUGAGGACACUGGGUUGUCCAUCCAUCGACUGGCGGCCCGGUCUCUGAUUCGCUGUCUGGAGCAGGAGGAGAGGACAAGAGGUGUAAAUAAGGAGGAUAUCAGGAGGAAGAUGGUGGAGAUCAGUGUUGAAGCAGGAGUGAGCAGUGUUCAUACAGCCUUCAUUGCCAUUAAUAAAAACAACAGAGAGGCUGUGAAAGGACCUCUGAUACAGAGAAGAGUACCAACACAAGUGUAUGAAAGUUACAUCGAAUGUGACGGAAUCGAAGCAGACGGUGCUUGCAACAGACUGGACGCACCAGAAUCUGAUUUCCAUGAUGAUCCUUUUCUUCAGCUGAUUACUCUUCAAAAGGCUUCAGGCUGCUGGGAACUGAACGCUGCUUUGGCCCGAGUGUUUGAAAAGACUGAAGAUGAGCUGACCAAUCAGAAACCAGCACAGGUGGAUGGGUCAGUGUGGGCCACUCUUCUGUCUCUCAUCUGGUUAUACGGCUAUAAAAUACAGCAACAGAUUGAGUGGCAGUUUGUGGCCAUGAAGGCGGCGUCAUGGAUCGGCUCUCAGAACGUGGUCAGUCUGUCUCAGUGUGUGUGUGAUGGGAAUCAUCUACUGGGAUGUCAGGUGAAAGAAGAAACUUUGAGAAUCUGAAGACUUCAGUGUUCUGCUAGAAAGCCAAAGAUCUCAGAAUCUCAUACAUAUCAUUUAAUUCAUAUGAUUAGCUGUAAGGGGUCAUAUUAUGAAUGAUCAAAUUGUUUCAAAAAUCGAUUUUAUUCAUGUGGAUCCAACUUGGUGGUUUGCAACUUUACUACAGCUUUCAAAAGUCAUAUCUUCCUCUCGGGUCCAAAGGGUGUGGAAAAGAUUAUAAAAUAUAAAUUGUGAUUGACUUGGUGCGAAAAAAACUUAGACACAAUCUUUUAAUUCACCACAUAUUUUAAAUAAUAAAUUGUGUUUUUCUUCUUGUUCCAGGUUUUAAUAUUUAUCUCAAAGGAUUAGUUUAUUUUCUUUUAAAAAAUUCCAGAUAAUACUCACCAUCAUGGCAUCCUAAAAUGUUGAUGUCUUUCUUGGUUCAGUCGAAAAGAAAUUAUGUUUUUUGAGGGAAAACAUUCCAGGUUUUUUCUCAUUUUCAUGGACUUUAAUGGACCCCAACACUUAACAGUUUUAAUGCAGUUUAAAAUUGCAGUUUCAAAGGACUAUAAACGAUCCCUAACGAGGCAUAAGGGUCUUAUCUAGCGAAACGAUUGUUAUUUUUGGCAAGAAAAAAAAUGCACUUAAUAAGCAUUUCAUGAACUAUAAGCCUACACACUUACACAUCAAAGGAAAUGUAAAACCGUGAACCUGGUAAUUGGUGCUCUUUAACACAUCAUAUAUAUCAUGUUGAAAUCGGGGGUGUGAUGUUUAAAAAACACUUUGGAAAAGGGAGUCCAGCCGGCUACCAAAACACACCUGUAGCCAACCAGCAGUAAGGGGCGUGUCUACUGACAUUGUUGCCUGGGCUGGGAAUGUGUAGGGCGGGUCUAUCAAAUGAAGGUCCAGAUUCUAUUGGGGUGCUGGGCUGG